AUGGCUGCGCUGACCUCUUCCUGGCAGUUUCUGCGCGAAUACAAACUGGUGGUGGUAGGAGGCGGAGGUGUAGGAAAAUCGUGCUUAACCAUCCAACUCAUACAAAGUCACUUCGUGGAUGAAUAUGAUCCAACGAUUGAAGACUCAUACCGCAAGCAGUGCAUGAUCGAUGACGAAGUUGCCCUCCUUGAUGUCCUGGACACGGCCGGCCAAGAAGAAUACUCCGCCAUGAGAGAACAGUACAUGAGAACAGGCGAAGGGUUCCUGCUCGUCUACUCCAUAACAUCGCGGCAGUCGUUUGAAGAGAUCAUGACCUUUCAACAACAAAUUCUCCGCGUCAAAGAUAAAGAUUACUUCCCCAUUAUCCUUGUGGGCAACAAGUGUGAUUUGGAGGGGGAAAGAGCAGUAUCCCGAGAGGAAGGCGCACAGUUGGCAAAUCAAUUCGGGUGCAAGUUCAUCGAGACAUCUGCCAAAUCACGAAUAAACGUCGAUAAUGCAUUCUACGACCUCGUACGAGAGAUCAGAAGAUACAACCGCGAAAUGUCAGGGUACUCCGGCGGCGCCCCUCCUCUCGGUGGCCACGGUCCUGGCCAAAAGUUUGAGGUUGAUAACCAGUCGGACGGCGCAGGGUGCUGCAGCAGGUGUGUGGUGAUGUAA